AUGGGCAUGGCUAUACGAAAGAAACAUUAUCUAGAUUUUAAAUGUCACAGUUUCUUAUGGAAACAAUUAGUUCGAGAUCAAAUAACAAUUGAAGAUAUUGAAGCAAUUAUGAUAUAUAAAGUUUUACAUUUAUCAAUGAAAUGGAAAAGACAUAUCAAUGAUUUAAUAAAUAGUGUUUGGUAUGAUACUCGAUUCGAAGGUAUUAGUGCAGCUCGUAAAAUCUAUGAAGUUGUUCCUGGUGGUCAAAAGUUUCCAAUUACAGCUUCUAAUUUUAAAGAAUAUUGUAAAAUUUAUCGUCAAAUUGAAUUUAUUCGUCAGGGCUUAUUUAGUAUUAUUCCUGGUUAUUUCCUAAGUUUAUUUACAGCAAUCAAACUUGAAGAAGUCGUAUAUGGAAAAGGCAAAAUGGAUAUGGAUUUAUUAAAACGAAAUACGAUUUAUAGUGAACAUUACAAUCAAAACUCAUUAUGUAUUCAAUAUUUUUGGACGGUUCUUGUUGAAAUGUUUACUGAAGAACAGAAGAAAAUGUUUUUGAAAUUUGUUUGCGGACGAUCAACAUUACCAAGCUGUGAUAAGGAUUUCCGAUGGAAAUUCCAAAUCAAUCCAUAUUAUGUAGAUGAUGAAAUGAAGCAUAGAACACUUUCAACGAAGUAAAAUAUCAUAUUCGCAUAUUUCAUGGUAACGUAUUUCAAAAUAGGAACGAAUAGCAUAAGACUCGAGACUCUAUCCAAAUCCAAGCGGAUUCAAAACUUUAAAACAAAAUAUUUUUUGAUGAGACCAAUGAAUUGUAUAAGUUUCACAUUUUGACCAGGAUUACUAGCCAGAGAUAUGAAUCUAAGACGGAGUCUUGUUUGUGUAUAUUUACAGUAGCAAAAACAGUUCAAUACUCAUAUCUGAAGAUUGACCAUACUAACAUUAUUCAAAAAAAAAUAAACAUUUGAUGCUCUAUACGAGUUUCCAGGAAAGUAGAUAACUUUCCGGAAAUCAAAUAAUGCUAUAGAAAAUAAGAAUAAUUUCGCAAACUAAUACUGUUUUGACCAAUGAAAAGUGAAGUGUUGAGCUAGUACAUAUAAAAACCAUCUCUCUCGACAUGGUGCUAUGAAAGUACACAGGCUCCUUCUUUACCUUUCUGUGCGUCAUGCCUAUUAUUUUCACCUUCCUAAUAAUGUGAAAAACAAAUGAGUUUCCUGGAAGCUAACGCAAAGCACCGAAUUGAUGCAUUUAUUUUUAUCUGAUCAGUAUACAACAAAAUGUUUUAGCACAUAGUUUGCAUAUAGAAUCAUCUUUGUUCCAACAUCAAUGUCUCAACGA